AAACAAAUUGCUGCCACCUCCAGAAAUAUUAUACAAAACACGUUCAGACACCAUAACUAACAUACUCAAAUUUAGGAGGUGGUAAAUUAGAGACCCUUUCAUAAACGUGUGGCAAGUAAUUGUUUGCUUCAUGCGUUUCAUCAUCAUUCUUUUUUCAUUCUUCUUUCCCAAGUAAUUGUAAUCCUACUUCUUCUUUUAUUUUUGCCACAACCCAAGUAGUGCAUAAAUUUCUACGUUAUGUUAAAACCCCAUAAUUAUUGCUUCUUUCCUUUUAAAGACACUAGAAGUUCUUUAGCUUUUUCCCAACAAUAAUCUUAUCAUGAUUCUGCUUGAGUAAUCCUACUUCCUCUAUGAUUUGCCGCAGCCAAAUAUAGUAAUUUCCAUUUUUUCUUUUUCUAAAACCACAUGAAGCUAAUUUUACUACUAGAAUUUGCUUUCUCUUCAAAGAAACCAAACUUUCUUAUUAUGGUUCUUCUUCAGCUUCAAGUUUCAAGUAGAUUUUAGCAAUUUCUGUUAUUCUUCAGCUAGAUAGAUUUACCUUUCCUAUAUACUAUUCUAAAUUAUUUGCAGACAUAAAUCUAAAAUGAAAAACAAUUUGCAGCCUCAAUUGUUGUCACUAUUUCCAGUAGAAGCAAUUCGAGAAUCACAUCCCAUCAUCAGUUACAAGAUUGAUGCUCUUCUCAAUAUGGGAAUACCCAAAACAGAGCGACCCUUUAUGGAAAGUACAAGCUCAGACACUGAUCAUCACGAAGAAAAAGUUCAAGAAUCAGCAGUUUCUGACUCUGAGAGCUGUAUUAUAAGCUCCAAUUAUCAAGACAACACGAAAUCAGAUGGUUUAAUAUGGAUUAGAGAAGGGGACAAGAUUCAUCAUAUGAUAAGUAAGAAGUUCAUUUCCGGAUUCGGAACACUUGGAUUAUCUACAAAAAUCGAAGCUAUUCACAAGAGUGCUUGCUCUAGCUUCAUGAAGAGCGCAAAGCUUCAGUCAUUCCAUAUUUUUUCCAAAGCAAUGGAGAAAAAGUGUGGAGGAAAUGCUAAUGUAAAGUAUGCUUGGCUUGGAGCCUCCAAGGAUGAAAUUGACAGCAUAUUUUCUCAUGGUUUUGGACAUCCUAUGCACAAUAAAGCUUAUGGUCAUUGUAUUUGCCUCUCUCAUGAUGAUUAUCCUGUUGACUGUCUUCAAAAGGCAACUCCUGAUAAGGAUGGACUAAGGCAUCUAUUGCUUUGUCGGGUGAUACUAGGAAGAACUGAAGUUGUUCAUGCUGGUUCAGGACAGUCUCAUCCAAGUUCUGAGGAGUUUGAUACUGGAGUUGACGAUGUACAUUCUCCUAGAAAAUAUAUUGUGUGGAGUACCAACAUGAAUUCUUAUGUCUUCCCGGAAUUUAUGAUCAGUUUCAGAGUCACUUCUCAUGUCAAAAGGGAUCGAAGGCUUUCAGUUCCUUUAAAAUCUCCAAAUUCACCUUGGAUUUCUUUUCCUUCUCUGAUUUCUGCGCUGUCAAAAAUCUUGCCGCAUAACACUGUCAAGUUGAUUAAUAAAUAUCACAGUGACUAUAAGGAGCGGAAGAUUACGAGACGCGAGUUGAUACAACAAGCUAGAAAAUUAGCAGGAGACGAUCUGUUAACUUCCAUCAUAAAAUCCUUCAACAAUAAGCAAAAUAAAGAAUAAAAUGAAGACUCAUCCGACAUCAGCUCAAUCAAAUUUCAAGAAUGGGAAAAUAGAAACUGUGGUUUGCCUAAACGGGAGUUGGAGUAAUUAUCUUGUAGAAUUUUGAGGCAAUAUAUAAAGAAUAGAAACAUCAUAGAUUUAGACACAGGACUCAGCUAAUUUUAUAUAAUGACCUGAUGAAACGGAUUAGCAGUUCUGACAUCAAUUUGAUAUGUAUUCAAUUUAGGAAGUAUUUAUUUCCCUCUAUUCCCCCCUCCCCCACCAAAUCUUUUUUCUUCUUUUUGGAAGUCUUAAGGGUCUUGCGGAGUAAUAGUCUUUUACCAUGGAGUGAUAGAUGGUUAAAAUGUUCAGUGAACGAAUGACAAUUCUCCAUCAAUUUUUCAGGCAUCUAAUUUCUUA